ACGUAGAACACCUAGAUUAAAAAAUUCAUUUAUGUAAUUUGUUACAACAAUAACAUAUUAAUAUAUUUUUUCAAUUUCCCGCGGUGAUAAGGAUUUUAAACUAAUUGCAUCAGGCGGAAAUAGAAAAACAAGCUAUAGCAAUCGGUAUGACUUUAAAUUAAAUUGGAGAACAGAAAAGCGAAAACCAUGGCGGCGGUUCUGUUGGCAAGGUUGUACUUUCGUUGUAUUGUACGUUUUUCUGACCGAGAGUACAAGCGUUGAAAGAAUAUUGCCGUGGAAAUUGAAUCAGGAAGAAUAAUGAGUCACUGCGGUGAAUCUGGCGAAUCCGAUGACGGUGGAGACGACCAGGAAGGUUCUUCUUAUUCGGAAACAAAUAUCGAAGAUGCCUUAACAUCUUUCAGAGAGCGAUGGCAGCGGGAAUUAGAAAUAUCACCAAGAAGAGAGAGGUCAAAGACUCAGUCCACAAAGCUGGUUGACUAUGAUGUUUCCAAUGAUGAAGAGCCAUUAGAUACCAUUGAAAUCAAGGCAAGAAAUUUGUUCUUAAAAGGAAUUGAAUAUGAAGAAAGUAGGAAGUUUUAUGAAGCUAUUCAAUUUUACAAGCGUGCUGUACUGUUAGUUCCUGAUAUUGAAUUACGUUUAUAUGAGUCAACUAAAUUGAAAUCAAAUGAUGAUGGUGAUAAGCAAUUGGAAGAUGAUGUGAGCAGUAUUAAUGAUAAUACUGAAAACUAUAAUGAAGAAAAAGAGGAGGAAACUGAUUUAUUUGUUAAAUUAUGCAAAAUUGUAAAUCGUAAUAAAUGUGUUUGUUUUCCAAAAUUUGAACAAGAUGCAACUCAUAUUUCUGCUUUGCCUAUGGAAAUAAUGCUUUAUAUAUUAAGAUGGGUUGUUUCUUCAGAGUUAGACUUGAGAUCUCUUGAAAUGUUCUCUGGGGUAUGCCGUGGAUUUUACAUAUCUGCAAGAGAUACAGAGAUCUGGAGACUUGCCUGUGUUAGGGUAUGGGGUGUACAUUGUGGAAACUAUGCUCCGAAAUACCGAUCGUGGAGAGAUAUGUAUUUACAACGGCCUAGAUUAAGAUACAAUGGAUGUUAUAUUAGUAAGACCAGUUACAUUCGCGAUGGUGAAAAUAGUUUUCAAGAUCAGUUUUAUAGACCUUGGCAUUUGGUGGAAUACUUCAGGUACCUGAGAUUCUUUCCAGAAGGAAGAGUUUUAAUGUUAACUUCAACGGAUGAUGCGCAGAGUUGUGUAAACUCUUUAAAAAAUCGUGUUCCACGAAAUCCCGCAAUUCUAAUUGGCCAUUACAGAUUGCACGAUAACUAUGUUACUUUAGUGCUCAGAAAACAAGAAAUAAAAACUGUUGUUAACACAUACAGGAAGAAUAAAAGGGAACCCAUACAUGAUAGUGGGGAACAAACUUUUCACCUUGAAUUUGAAAUACAGGAUCACCAUAGACGGAUAAAUUCGCAAUUAAAAUGGCUUAGUUACACUAUAUUCACGAAGUACAGAAAUGGACAUGAAGUAAAAAUGUGCUUGAAAGAGCCGUCUGUUAGAGAAUGGAGAGUGUCAGCUAUCGGCGGACGAUAUCCGCCUCUUAAAUUCAGUAGAGUUAAAAGUUAUACUCAAGAGAGUGAAGCUCCCCUACAAUAAGCGUAACUGAAUGCAGAAUUAUUAAUCGUCUCGAUUACGUAAGAGUACAAUAAUGGAGCUAAAAUUUAAGAGAAGACUAAAUUCUACAGGCUAGCAUUACAAUCAGUCUUGAUGUAUAUUUUCACUACACGCAUUAGCAUAAUGUUCUUUGAGACUUCGUAAUGGAUACUAAUUACUUUCUUUUAUUAACCUAUCAUACAGCUUUCACGUUACAGUUUUCUCUUAAAUUCUAUCAACUACAUUAAUUUUUACGUAGAUGAUAUAAACGAGUAAUUUAUAGAUUUAAUGAAAUCGUUAUAUCAUGCACUGGAAUAGUGCCUUAUGUGCUUUCAAAAUAGGUGCUUAUAUUUCAGGACUUGUUUUUGUUUUUUAUUUAGAUUUAUUAUUUACCAUUUGUUUAACAGAAAUUUAGAGAUCGAUCAUUACAGUAUAACAGAUUUAUUCAUGAUUUUGAUGAAACUAUAUGCUACCUAGAGUAAGCCGUUUCGGAACCGCAAGAACAUAUACGCUAAACAUUACACCAAAAAUAUAUUCACCUUACAGGUGUUAUCUAUCAAUUAUUUUUAUUUAGGUUAAAAUAUAUUUGUUACAUUAUAUUUCUUGCGGCUCAGUUUUGCAUAGAACCUUACUUGGAAACGUAUACAUUCAGUCAAAGUAUAUGGAAGAAACGAAAAUUAAGAUAUAUUACCUCGAUAUAUAUAUAUUCUUUAUUUUCUGAAUUAUGAAACUUAUUGAAGAAGCCGGUCUAUGCCUAUAAUUUUUAAAUGUAAAUGGGCCAUUUAUGUACCACUGUUUAUGGAAUUAAUCAAUUCUAAUAUUUUGGAAAAGUUUUAUUUGUUAAAAAUGGCGAAUAGCAUUGACAUUAUGAGUCAAAGGUACGAAUGCUCGGGAACAUGUCUUGUACUUUGCUGUGGGUAUUAAAUUCUUAUAAUAAUCACAAUAAACGUAUUUUUGAUGUGCUUA